AUGCAAGAAUUAGUUCGUGUGGUAUUUUUUCUUCUUGUUGCACUACUCGUUUUAUUUCAACUUGUUCAAUGUCGUAGUGUUUUGCCAGAAACAACCGAUCGCCAUAAAAGAUCAUUGAGUAAUACUAAUUAUGCCAAAUUAUGCACAUUCGGAAAAAGUCGUUUAUGCAAUUAUUUACGAGCGAUGAAUACUGAAAAAUCCGAUCGAAUAGGAGAUGAUCAAGAACUGUGGCGACGCGGUGUCAGUCAAUUCUACAGUAAUUGGUAG